CUCGCCGGCGCGCCAUCCACUCGCGUCCCCGUGGCACGUUGUCCUUUUUUUCUGUGCAACGAUAAUCCCUCUGUGAUAUUCCCCAAGCCUGAGGGAAACAGCCGCCAUGGCCGGACGAACGACCAAUACAUGUCUUUUAAUAGCAACCCUGGCUGUGUCGAGCCUCGUGUGCCUGUCCCAGGAGUGCCUGCGGAUACCAGAGAGCAGCCUCGGGUGCACCACCUUCACGCUCAUCCCCCCGCAGCCACGCAAUCAAUGCCGACUAAAUUCCCCUGACGGGGAGUUCUUCGUUAAGCCCAGCCGCUCCUUCACGUCACUGCGAGUGCUGAUAACUAUCAAGGCCUUGCCGAUCCUCAAAACAGAAAUUAGCAUGGAAAUAGCAAGUAAUAAGUUAAGUGAUAUAAACAAAUGGUACGGAAUAUCUAUACGCAUUAGCUCUCAUGGAUGGCCUGUAACAAAAUACUUGUACCAAUUAUAUGUUGAUAACAAAUUAUUUACAUCUCAAAGGACUUUUGUAAAUGGGCAUCGUGACUUUCAAAUAUUUGUUCGUGGAACGUUGACAUAUGGCCCUGACUGUCAAAAUUACCCGCGCUCUCCACCGACAACGACACCACCAACAACGACAACAACGACAACAACAUUAGUAGAGACGCCGCCACCGACCAUGCAAAGCCAAGAUUCUCCCACAGCGAUAGACACGAAAGACGGCUCUGCUUCGGUCCAAGUCCCUGGUCUCGGGCGGUGGGUCUUUGUAAUCUUGGUCAUUGUUGCAGCCACUUUGGUCCUAACCUUCGUCGUCGUGCUAGCUAGCAAGCGAAGGACUCGGCGGAAGGGUCGCACCGUCGGUACACAAGGCACAAUCGGGCCAGCGGCAUUUUCCGUGUCUUCCAAGGCACAGGAGUCUGACGAGCAUGUGUACGAGGAGGUGCAUUACCUGGCGGAGUACACGAGAAACGCGCCCGAGCCUCCCUCAAGUGCCUGGUCCGGCGCCGCCUCGCCCUCCCCCCGACGCGCUUCCUGCCACGACAGCGAGAACAGCCUCUACGGCGCGACGAUUUGACGCUCGCGGCUGUGCUGCUUUCUGCUUCUGAACAGUAAUUAUUUUAUAAAUAAAACUUUUAUAACAGAGUCACUUUGUCAUAAAAAAAAAAAAAAAAA